AGCGAGAUGACAACUUUCCUGAUGGACAACUUCUCCCUUGUGUUUGGACACAUCUUGUCCAACAGUUCCUACCCAAUGCUGCAACGAGCCAUUGGGGUGGGCAGUGCCUUUGAAGGUUGGAGUCCCCGGGAGGAGGAUGUCGUGUACAGUGUCCUUGUCCCCCUCACUCCUCCCCCAGGGCACAUCUUUCAUCUGGAGAUGGACACUUCAGGCCAGUUGCCUGGGAGGAACUUCUACAUCCGUGUGGAGCCGGUGUGCACCUGCAGGAGGGAGCAACAGGAUGAGAACGUCCUGUGCUUCCUCCACCACCCAGAGGAAGAGCAGAGGAGGAACGAGGAGCCCAACUUCCUAAACAUCCUCUGCUCUGACUCCUACCUCGAUGUGGAGAAAACUGCCCGCUGGUUCUACCAGCUGGUGAGAGCAGCCUGGCUGGCUUUGCCUCACUACCACACUUGGCACUUAGUGCUGCUGCCCUCCAGCCGCUCCUGUAAAUUCAAGGUGAGCAGAGGCCGAGAGAACCUGAUGGUUGAGGUGCUGUUUGGGGUGCAAGAAGGCAAUUCAGACAUCUAUGUGAGCAGCCAGCCCACAGAGGCCCUCUUCACCCCAAGCACAAUGUGGCCGGAGACCUACGCCGUGGCAGAGAUGAAGUUCUUCAGGCACAUUGCCCGGCAGGCUCCACGGGACAGCUGGCACCUCAGAUGCCUGCAGCUCUUGGCCCGUGCUGUGGUGGGCAUUGGCUUCUCCACCUACACCCUGAAGACCAUUGUGAUGCACCUCCUGAACAUCAUCCCCGUCUCAGGCUGGCGCAUGACGCGUUUCCUGCAGCGGCUGGAGGAUUCCAUGCAGUACCUGCACGGCUCCCUGCAGGAGAAACGCCUGGACCACUUCGUUGUGGGCAACCGGACCUUGCCUGAGGAGAUUAUCUUGCCCCCGGAUGUCAAAACCGCCCAGCCACUCAACCUCUUCCAUCGCCUGGCACAGGAUCCCGCCGCCCACUCACAGGCCAUGAGGGAGUACCAUGAACUGGCAGAUCGGAUUGAAAGAAUUGUCUUCUACGGCCAUUGAAAGAGGUCUGCCCAUCGACACCUGUGCUUGUGGGGCUCACAGCUGCAGGCAGACAACCACCUUAGACCGCAGGCAAAAAGAAAGGACGAUGUGGGACAGAGAGAACCAAGAGAAAACCCUGUGCAGCAGCACUCUGCCAUCAGCAUUCGCCUCUCAACAGUCUGCCCAGCACAGCAUCCAGUCAUGACCAGGGGGCUCCUAAGAUGACUUUCACCCUCCUUUCCCCUCACACUCUCAUGGCCAUUGUGGCCAUUUGAGAUGGGCCCAGGAAUUCUUUUUGGCAGCUCCUGCUGCUCAGGGAUCGAGCGAGAGGCAUGGCUAAUAUUCCUAAACUCUCUCUCUCCUUGUUCCCUGACGGGACAUCAGUCGGUCA